CGCAGGGUGCCUUGAUGUGCCUUGGUCGCCUCAAACAAGCCUUGAACAAGCAAUAUCUAGACAAAAAGGAUGUACAACCUGUCAACCUUGAUCCAACAUAACAUCAAGAUACGUUACAUGUACCCACAUCCCAGCCAGCUCGGCUUCAAAAUGGCAUAUAAUGCCCACUCCUUUUGCCCUGACCCGGCUUCCGCGUCUCGUGCAAGACCAUAGGCCGACUUUCUUGGCUCGGGUUCUGCUGCCAUAUCCUUCCGCGAAUUCUAUCCCGAUCGUCACUGUUUCUACAUUCUCCCACGCAAUCUGCCAUGUGAUUGGUAUAAUUGCAAACUCUGCAGAGAUGCAUUGUGAUGGACAUGAUGACCGGAACGCGCCUUCUGUGAAGAAACGGCACUGAUAGGGUCAUAAUUCUUUGGUCCUGUUACGCAGCAGCCUUGUCGUCUGAGCCUUCUGUCCAGACCGCACAGCAUAACAGGAACAGCUACCUACCAGGUCAGCUGAUUAGGGCUGUUGCCUUGUCCCAGCGAGGACACUCGCAUUCUCUUCUUGAGGUACCCCUUUGGUGAUGUGUAUCCCAUCAUAUGACAGCAUCCGAUUCUGGCCUACAGAGGAUGGAGGGGCUGGAGCUAAUGCGGGAUGGCGUUUGAGCCCAACUGGCUGCAAGAUCCCGCCUUGACAGCCGUUACCUUUUCCUCAAGUGCCACAGACUACUCUGCACUCUCACCAUGCCUGAUUGGACGCCAACUCUCAACCCACGCGGAACCAAUCUGGAUUUGCGGCUCACGGUACUCUACAGUCGUGGCUUGUCCCAUUCUCCCUCUACCUGGAUCUCGUUCUCAGCAACCACAUCUGACUGCAGGUUGUCUUCAGGAACUCUUUGUUUGCCUUCCGCCACAGAGCCACUUGCCUGUUUGCAGGAUGCUGCUUCUACAGCUUCCAAUGUACCAUGACCAUGCAUCCAUAGGUGGAUGAUUUGCUACCCCCGUACCCUCUGCUUCAGACCCUAUCAUAUUGCCAGUCUCUUCUUCAUUCUUAAUCCUUACAAUUCUCCUUCCAUUUUGAUGCUGCUGCAUAACUUCCAUCCAGCUUUUUGCCCCAGCGCUUUUCCCUGCAACACCUAACUUCGUUAGGCAUUCACUCUAUUCCCACCAUCAACAUCUCGUAUCAUCAACUGUUUCUUACAAGCCGUGUUGGUCUUUCAUUGUCUCUUUGAAUCAGGAUGAGGGCUCCCAAGUUGGAAUGCGGUCCCUCGGCUCUAGACCAGCUUGACAAUUCUUUCCUCUAUUCACAUUCCUCAGACGCUACUCUUCCCUCCACUGGCCUUUUUUAUCGGCCUGUUGAUGACGUUUCCACCUCUGAAACAAACCAACAAUGGUAUGACGGAACCUCUCUUCCGGCAUUUGAACCGAAAUUUGAGCUCGAGGAUCUUCAGAGUCAGCUAUUUAACAAUCACUAUGCCGACGACACACUCUGCCCUUACCAAGGCUCAUAUCACCAAGAUGCCGACGUACACCUAACACCAACAUGGCUCAUGCCGCCAGAUUAUCCACAUCCGCUCACCUUGAAUGAACACCCUUGUGCUCCCCCAGCCAUUCACUCUUUGCCUGGCUCUGCAUACACUCCCGAUGACAUAUCUACGCCAUAUUCAAGCUACUAUCUCGAUGAGAGCUCCGUUACAAGUGCAUGGUCGUCACCUGGCUUUCCAGUCGCUCGGCCCGCAUUACACAUGCUCGACGAUGGCGAUGCAACGGAUGACAAACCCUAUGCUGCAUUAAUAUAUGAUGCAUUAUUGCAAGCCCCAAACCACCGCAUGAUGCUGAGAGAGAUUUAUGACUGGUUUCGUGUUAACACCAACAAGGUUCAAGAUAAUGGAUCCAAUGGCUGGCAGAAUAGUAUCAGGCACAAUCUCUCCAUGAACAAGGCAUUCGAAAACGAUCGAGAGGCUGGCCGGAGCAAUUCAAGAAAGGCAACAAGUGUUUGGGUCUUGACUGAGGAAGCCAUCCGCAACGGCGUGCAGUCGACCACGAGAUAUCGCAAAUCUGGUGGUGGGAAAAGAGCACAAGGUCAUAGGACGACAGCAGUCCAAAGACAGAGGUCAGGAGCACGAGGCGGCCGCGCAGCACGUCAAGGCCGAACGACGCGACAUCGACGUCACGGGCACGAAUUGACUUCUCACCCUUCACCAGCUUACAGUUCAUUUACUCCCUCGUACUCAUCCGACACGAGCGAUUAUCACGGGCUCGGACCUCAAGAUUUGGGCCCAGCUUUCCACAGCUGCCCAUUGACCCCGGUGGAAGGCCACAGCCAAUUCUUUGAUGAGCCACUGCCACCCAUGACAUUUCCGAUCACUACACCCAUGGAAUUCACUUCGUAUCAUCCGAGUUCCACUAUGACCGGAACAAACGCUUCUUUCAGCCUACCACUACGCCCCUCUUUGUCCCAUUAUAUUGACGAUGCAGGAGACAUGCAUCCGCAAUGAAUGCCUUUCCAGUUGAUAUGGUCACAGGUCUCCACAGCCACAGAUGGAGCACCUCCUGUUUCGCACGCAAGCAUCAUGUUUCAGGGUCUAGAAUUACGACGGCAUGGCGUUGGGUGGGAUGAAUCUCGGGCACCUUCGAUCUAUUUCCGGCUCAUGGUCAUUUCAGGGCUCAGUCUAGUGGAUUAAGAUGUCUCCAAACAGUGAGAAUGCGAGUCGGGGUUUCUCGACAAGUCACAACCGUGGCGAAUCCAGCACGCCCAUGCCUCGCGUGAGAGCUUUGGCAAACAUCAGAGAUACAUAGUUACCAUAUUUUUGCUCAUCGAUCCACUCG